CUUCAUUAUCAUGAGCAAGCCUGGUGCGCUAGCCCGAGCGUGGUUCAAAUGGAAGGCAUUGCGUCUACCAUGGCGAAAGACGUUCCUCGUCGGCUUCGACCUGAGCGGUAACACUUUCUGGGAGUUCAAGGACGCUUUGAACGCCGGUCGCAUGCGGCGGAUUGUCAAGUAUAGCAACAAAACACCUCACUAUUCAGAUGUCAAAGUCACACCACAAUGGCAUCAAUGGCUCAGACAUACUCGCGACGAACCACCUACGAUUCAGGAACAGCAAUACGACAUCUCUCGUCAAGCGAUGAUGAAACGUCUCGCAGCCGAAGCAGAUGAAAGAUGGAAUUCGAAACCUUCCUUCCUCGAUUCUCCGACACGGAAUCAGCCUCAACCUGCGAUAGGUGUGAAGGAUCCAGGAGGGUAUGCUCCACAGACUGAGCCGGAAGCGUCUCAGGGUGUCCGAAGUGCAGUAGAUGAGCCGAGUAAAGUGGAGAAUGCCAGUCAAGGACAACAAGAAGGACUGCACGAGGGGAGAUUCAAGGGCAAGAAGACGAAGGAUAAGAAAGAGAACCCGUGGGAGAAGCUACAGCCGAAGGGAAAUGCUGGAGAGAAUUGGCAACCUGAAGGAUGGGCGCCGAAGCCGAUGGAACGAGGGCGAUAGCAUGAUGUGUAACGAUGGAAUAGUGUAUGAAUACUCUACAACAUGAACUUGCCAGAUGAGACGAGGCCAAUCUACUGGCAGUGAACUAAACAAAGAUUCCUGUCUGAAAAAGAUUUGACAAAGUUCAAGUAGCAAACAUGGAGGCAUCUUACUUAGGCAAAGGAGCAUUCCGUUCCUCAGACCUCAGGCAAUAUUCAGACUACGGUUCUUACCAGUCUUCGGGUCAAGAAACAAGUCAGUCUUAUAUCCUUUCAGCAC